UUAUUGCGUGCAGGCUGCGACGUGAACGAAGUAGAUCAUGCUGGAAAUUGUGCUUUACACUACGCGGCUAUUGAUGUCAAUGUGCUGAACCUUCUUGUCAAUCAUGCAGCAGAUGUAAAUAUGACAAACAAAGUGGGUGCUACUGCGCUUCAUGAAGCUGCGGAGAAGGAAUGUAUUGAAGCAUGUAAACUUCUGCUAGCUGCGGGAGCUGAUCCAGACCAACAAGAUAAGGAUGGCAGAUCGGCGCUGGAAUAUGCU